GUCGGAUGAACGGAACGGAACGGAAGGAGCAGAGCGCGUAACCCCCGAGAGAGAGAGAUUAAGCGAGAAUCGUAGACGGAUCUAUAUACGGUGGCGUUUCCGAGUCCACGAUUCUUCCCUUACCUGAACCUUCCGGAUCCAGCCGGCACGAACUGGGAGGGUUGGCAGGUAUAUAAAACGUACUAUUUCCCGGGCCAUUUUGUGAUCACACGUCCGUUUCUCUCUCCCACCACUCGUUAAUCGUCCCGAUCGCACACGCUUUCGAAGGGUGACACCCACCCUUCGGAGAGAGAGAGAGAGCCCUUCGGGGAGGGUGAAAUUUCCCUGGGCUGGGUUCACGCGGCAGUUCAGUCGACAUUCGGUCAGAAGCUUAAGCGUCCUAGUGUUUGCCGGAACUAAUCGACACGUUGACAAGACUCCUUAAGACACGCUCUCGGCCCGACGAUACAGGCAAGAACGGACAAGAUCUUCAGGUCAGUGCACACGAGUGUUUGCAGAGAGAAAGACGAUAACGCCCGGUCAGCCUCGAUACGGUUCGCCGAACCUUGAGUACGAAGGAGUGACGGAUCGAGGCGAUCUUUAUCGUCCAACACCCCGGAAGGAUUUAAGGACGAUCUUAUCGGACGAUUAGCGGAUUGGAAAUCGCGAUUCCGCGAGUGCACGCGGUUCGCCAGUUCGACGAUCGAGAAUUAUAAUGUUCGUUCAGUGAUACAAUUGGUGCAAGGUGCUUGCUCCGAAUCGCGCGGAUAAGGGGAUUCUUUUUUUUUCUCUCUCUCUUUACACGUUGGAUACUUCGUAGCGAUUAGACCGAGAAGAUGAGGACCUGGAUGUUGCUGGCCGUGCUCUCGAUGACGGUGCACGCGUCAUUGACGGAGAUCCCUAGAAACAAGAAUCAUCGUGGCAGAGGAUCCAUGUGGUGGGGCAUCGCGAAAGCGGGCGAACCCAACAAUUUUUUGCCCGUGUCACAUACCGUACACGUGGAUAACUCGAUCUAUACGACUCUGAGAAAGAAACAGAGGAGGCUCGCGAGGGAUAAUCCAGGAGUGCUAAUGGCAGUGGCCAGGGGUGCGAAUCAAGCCAUCGCCGAAUGCCAACAUCAGUUUCGCAAUCGGCGAUGGAACUGCUCGACCAAAAAUUUUCUUCGAGGGAGAAAUCUCUUUGGCAAGAUCGUCGAUAAAGGAUGCCGAGAGACCGCUUUCAUCUAUGCCAUAACGAGUGCGGCUGUGACUCACAGUAUCGCGAGAGCAUGUAGCGAGGGCAGCAUUCAGUCGUGUUCCUGCGACUACACUCACCAAUCACGCACAUCAACCGCCGUUCAGGAUUGGGAAUGGGGUGGUUGCUCGGAUAACAUCGGAUACGGCUUCAAGUUCUCUCGCGAAUUCGUCGAUACUGGCGAACGGGGUCGAAACCUCCGGGAGAAAAUGAAUCUACAUAACAAUGAAGCUGGCAGAACGCACGUGUCCUCGGAAAUGCGUCAGGAGUGCAAGUGUCACGGUAUGUCGGGCUCGUGUACAGUGAAAACCUGCUGGAUGCGGCUGCCGAGCUUCCGCGUAGUCGGCGAUAAUUUGAAGGAUCGGUUCGACGGUGCCUCCCGGGUAAUGGUCAGCAAUUCGGAUCGCGUGCGCAGUAACGCGCACGUUAACUCGGCGAGCAACUCCGUGCACCAGCACCGCGACGGUCUCACGCGUCGGCAGCGCUACAACUUUCAGCUGAAGCCGUACAAUCCGGAGCACAAACCGCCCGGGCCGAAGGACCUCGUCUACGUGGAGAGCUCGCUGGAUUUCUGCAUCAAGAAUCCCAGCCUGGGUAUCCUAGGCACCCAAGGGCGACAGUGCAACGAAACCAGCCUCGGCGUCGACGGCUGCGAUCUGAUGUGCUGCGGCAGAGGCCACAAGACUCAGGAAGUGAGUGUGAUCGAGAGGUGCGCCUGCAUCUUCCACUGGUGUUGCGAGGUCAAGUGCCAGUUGUGCAAGACGAUAAAGACGAUACACACCUGUCUGUAAAGCAUCGGACUCGGUCGAUUUGAUAUAUAGAGGAAAUCUCGAUCGUUUGCGUACACAGGGUUGACGUCUCGCAAAAACUAUGAAAAUACAGUAGGUACGUCAAAGACGGACGAAACUAUUUUUUCUCUCUAGAUCGAUAGACUCUCUAGUAGCCUUUCUAGCGGACGACUCGAGGUCUAGCGGAACUCGAAUGGGUCCUAUAGGUCGUAAAACCCGCGCGAAUCCGCGGGGUCUCAUCACAUUCUCCAGUAUUACGCUCGAAACUACAUAUAUUUAUUACGUCGCGUGGCGCGUAUUAAAGACUGAAAUGGUGAAAAGCGUUCGCGCGAUCGUAGAUUCUUAAGGUUUGUCUUACAGGAAGAUUGCGGGAUAUGCGUGUGGAGGCAGGGUGUAAAGACCGGUGCGAGUGCUGGUAUAAUAAAUACCAGCGUGUCUGGUUCAUCACUGUAUCCGCAAAAAAAAAAGAAGACUACUGACAUCUUAGAUGUUACAGUGGUAGAGAAAAUAAUUUAAGGCUACCAUUAUAGCACAUAAAGCUGUCAUCUACUUUUGUUAUAGUGGUAUUCAAAUUCAAUUUAUCGCGUCUCUCUUUCUUUUAUCAUCGGUACAUCGAUUUGCAGAUUGAAUUACUAUUUAAUUAAAAUUACUAUUUUUGUGGGAGGUCGAAAGAAGUAUACGAAACUAUGAUAAUUUAAGCGUUGUUAAGAGAAGCCUUUAAUUAUUUUAUCUUACUGCGUGUCAAGUUCAUGUUUGAAGUGAUCGAUUCACAACGCGAGCAUCGUGGUUUCGCGAAACAUUAUUUAUUCUAAAGGUAUAUAUUCUUACUGCGGUUAACAUUCGCUCCCUCAGAGAAAAAUCAACAAUCUCGAGUACAUAGAAGCGUAUUUGUACAUAAAUAGAUCAUAGUGAUAUAUUUUGCAGCAAUUAGCUGAUCGGCGGCCGUAAUAUAUGUACUUCUCCGUAAGAAACUCUUGUAAAUAAAAACUUACUUUUACGCGCGCGAUGAUGAAGAUGACAUCCGAUUGAUGUCUCUAUUGUGGGUGUAAUAAAUUAUUUUUAUAUCUUUUUCAUUUUUUCUCUCUCACUUUCUC